UAUAAAUUGCCGAUAGUAAACCAUUACAAUAUAUCGUAAAAAUGAAGGACACGUAAUGAAAUAGUAAAUCUGAGCCUGUUCGAUAAUUGAUUAAUCGAGCAUAAUUAGAUACAAAUAAAAAAUCACGCAACGAACAGGUAUCGCGCACGCCAAUGUAGGCUGUGCGCGCCGGGCAGGUGCCAAGAAAAUGGCUCUUGCGUGAAGGAAGAUCUUAAUUGUUUCUUCUUAACAAUACAUUUCUUAAACUCGUUAUGAGAUAAAAGUUAUUUGUUUAUCCUACAUUUAAAUAAAUGCUAAUUAAUUACCAGCCUUAAACAUAAUUAUGCCAACUUAAAUAGGGACAGACAGCUCCCGCAUUGAGAAAAAUGCAGGGUCAAGAAGGCCUUCCGGGGUCUUCGGACCACAGACUCGCACUGGUGCACGAAAUGAGCGCUCACAAUUUCGAUCUGAUACGAUUCGCCUCAUACCGUACCGCUACCAAACUUCGAUUUAUACAGAAGAAAGUAAGCUUGCACGCUGUCGAUAUAUGGAAUGUAAUUGAAGCAUUUCGCGAGCAGGGCUUACACGCUAUGGAUCCGACGAGUGAACUAAGCGUAGCCAGAUUGGAGACACUCUUGUGUUCAUUGUAUCAUAGUUUGAAUAAACGUGCUCCGCCGACACAACAGACCCAUGUUGAUGUGUGUUCCAGCUUGCUGUUAAACUGGCUUUUAGCGGCGUAUGCCACAGUAAAUACUUUCAGGGAUAAUGUUGGCAAAAUACGAGUGUUUUCGAUUAAGGUAGCUCUGGCAACCCUGUGUGCUGGCAAGUUGAUGGACAAGUUAAGAUACAUUUUCUCGCAAAUAUCCGAUAGCAAUGGACACUUAUUACCAUGGAGGUUUAAGGAAUACCUUCAAGAAGUUCUUGCGCUUCCCGCUGCUGUGUAUGAAUCGCCGACAUUUAAUUAUAGUGAAACUCUUUCUUCCAGCAUUUUUAAUCCUAAUGUUAAGAUAACUGUUAAUGAUUUCUUGGAUACAAUGAUGUCAGAUCCUGGACCUCCAGUUUUAGUUUGGCUCCCUCUUCUUCACCGUAUUUCCUCAGUCGAGAAUGUUGUUCACCCGGUACAAUGUGAUGCCUGUCAAAGAGAAAAUUUUACCGGAUUCCGGUAUAGAUGUCAAAAAUGCCCGCACUACGUGUUAUGUCAAGAUUGCUUCUGGAGAGGUCGAGUCACUACACCUCACACUCUUGAUCAUCAGGUGAAGGAAUAUGCCUCUUAUUCGCCCAGUAAAACAAUUGGCCACUCAUUACGUAAAUCUUUUCGUUGCGUUCCUGAUAAACAGAAAAAUAAUCUACCUCGAUUCCCUGAGCAGCCAGAGAAGACAUUGAAUCUGUCACAUAUUGUCCCACCUUCACCAAUUCCAUCACAUAAUGGAUUUCCAGAUGGUCCAUUUAAUUUUGAUGGGAUGGGUAGUUUAGAUAGCCGUACAACUGCACGCAGUCUUGACAGUGCAAGAGAUGACGAGCACCGACUCAUAGCACGUUAUGCAGCAAAGUUGGCUCAAGAAGCAAGAACCGGAAUGCAUCGAGGUGGUUAUCGUAAGAGUUCUCUCUCUCCUGAUUCGGGUCGAGUGCCUUCUGAAGCUUGUCUUGGUAUGGACUCGACGAGAGCACAACGUGAGCUCAUCAAUCAGCUCGAAGCCAAAAACAGGGAAAUAAUGAGAGAAAUUGCAAGAUUGAGACGCCAACAAGAAAUAGAAUCUAGCGGCCAUGGUUCAGAGAACCCAGCGCUUAUGUCCGAACUGCGUGCUUUGCGAAUGAGAAAGGAUGAACUGGAGGCUCAUUUAACUACUCUUCAAGAUUCACGCAGGCAGCUGAUGAUUCAACUUGAAGGACUUAUGAAAAUGUUAAAAAAUCAUCAAUCUUCCCCGCGGAGUACGCCGAACUCGUCACCCCGCAGUACAAAAUCGCCCCCACUACCUCCAGGUGCUCUUCCCAACCAACAACCAUGCCCACGAAGUGCUCCCCAAACUCCUCUGGGAAUGCCACCUUCGAUUCAGCCUGUGGCGUUAAGCCAAGUCGAAAGAAACUCCCACAUACAACACCCGUCUGGUAUCAUAGCGCAAUCAAUUGGCGGAAUGGGUGGGGUCAAUAGCAUGGCAAUGGAUCGAAACGUUGAUAGAGGCCUACAUAAUGUCAACACCGAGGCUUUAAUGGGCGUGGGUGGUGACGUUCGAAACGCAUUUGGAGGAAAUAACGGGAACGAUACACCGGGAUCAGUCGGACGCUCUCUAAGAAACGAUCUUUUAGUCGCUGCCGAUUCGGUUACGAAUGCAAUGUCUACGCUUGUUCGUGAAUUAAAUUCAGAAUCCUCAUCUUUCUCUGAAGCUAGUGGUAUCCGAAAACCACUCGAUUUUGAAGACGAUGGGGAAGAGGAGUCGGAAGGAGGCUGGCAACAGGAACUCCAAAGGCGUUACGCUCAAGAAGCAAGCUUUAUGGCAGAAUUAAGAGCGCGGCAUCCGACAAGUCCUCCGGAAAUAACACAAAACAAUCAGGGUUACGUAAUGGGUCAAAAUUUUAAUCAUAAUAGUUUGGGGCAAUUAAAUUCGAAUCAUUCUUCGGGGCAACAAAAUUACAUCGAACAAAACCCGGGCCUUUUCGGAUCGCAGCCUCAGCAGCAUGGUGAACAAUCUGUAAAUACAAAAGAAAGUGAAGGUGAUGUUAGUAAUGCAACAGAAGCAACUGAAGAAGUACAAAGUGAGAAUAAGUCGAAGGAGAUGCUUGAAUGGGAGGAAGCUGUCAAAAGAUGGAUUAAUCGUUAGGACUAGUAAAUGUAAACAGACUGGUGAAACAUAAGCUCCUCUCUGGAAAGGGGUUGGCGAAUGCGUGAACUUCGGUGAUUGGUAUGCACGUAAUAAACAAAGGGUCACAUUUCUAUAAGUACCUAUUUUAUUUGUCACGUUUCUUUUUGUAAUCAGUACUUCCAUUUAAAAUGUAACGGUCUUGCAUAAACCGAUGACCUGCCUUAAAAUGUCAAGUUCGUAAUUCAGGGCCAUAGCUACAUUUUUUUUAAGAUAAAUCGCCAUUUAUAACUGAAUGUACUUCUACCCAAAAUGUCUUCCCUUUAGUUAAGUAACAUAAACGCAAAGUGUAUACAAACAUCACACCUAACCAGCAGUUUUUUUGUGUCCAAGUCAAUUUCCAUUACAACGCCUCAAAUAAAUCUUGGUUAUGGCUCCGCAUGUUAUCAUAAUGUAUCUAAUAUGGAAUAGCGCCCAAAAAAAUUGUUGUACAUGCCUUUAUCGUUCAAAUUUUCUGUUUCUUUAUAAUACUUUAUUAUAAUGAAAUAAAAUGUGUGAAUUAAAAGAAUUGGUACACAUCGAAUCAGUAGGUAAUGAGUGUUGAUUAUUAACCUUGUCAAUAAUAAAUAGUAGGUAAGAUUUCAGACUACAAGUAAAAUUUGGCUGUUAUUUGAAAAAUGCCUAAAUAUGAAGCUUUGUGUAGAUUUUGAUAUAUCACAAAAAACCUGGUUGUGCUUAACUCUUUCUCUCUCUCUUCUCUCUCUCUGAAAUAAUCAAACUAUGUAAGUGCGAAUGUAUAAACAAGUACUUGCAUAAGUAACAUUGUACAUUCCAUCAUUUUUAUUUUAUUUUCGAGACCAAAUGCAGUCGUAAGUUAAUCUUUAAAUUACUAAUGUAUUGUUCAUGUACUUAUCAUUAACGAUGUAUACUCUUAACUACUAAUGUACAUAUACAAAACGUAAAGGUAGGUGUUAAAAUGACAACUCAAUGAAAAAACUUGUAGUUCCUUGUAAUGUCUGUCAAUAGCUACGUUUUGUUUCAGUUAAACAUUGUAAAGUAACUUAUUUCCUUUGUAAAGAAUCAAACAAUUUAAUUGUUUAAACUCUCUAAUUCUUGUUAAUUGCAUAUAUGACUUAUACA